AUGUUGGUGGAUCGGCUGGAUGUGGAUGUCGACUUGCUCGAAUCGUCUUCGUCGUCCUCGCUGUCGUCGUCAGAAUCGUCUUCACCAGAAUGCAUCUUCAAAAUGGCUUCUUCAAUGAGGUUUACAUCGUCCUCGAUCGACUCGAUCAGUGGUGCAAAACCAUCGGUGAUGUCGUCGAUAAGUGCAUACGAGAUCCAGUCCGACGAGACAUUGAGAUAG